AACAUGCCCUCACACGCAUUCAGCUGCCCUCGUCCAAGGUAGCCUACUUGGUUUUAGUUGCUGUGAAUAUUUUUCUCUAACUCGUGGAGUAGGCUAGUAAAUUCUCUUGUGCCCGGUUGCUGCGCAUCUGACACUGUCCCUCCCCUACAGUCCGUGAAAAUGAAUGCCUCUGAUGAAAUGGGAUCUUUGAAAAUUACUCCCGAGUCCCUGAAGCAGCUCUUGGAGUUUUUUAACCUCUCGCGUCAGGAUUUCAUAGACACUUACAAUUUGCAGCCUCUGGUCUACAGCCCUGAACUGCCUCCCAGUGCUAAAACAUUUUUUGUUGUUAUUUAUGUUAUAAUAUUUGUCCUAGCUCUUGUCGGAAACAGCCUGGUGGUCUACAUUGUGAUCAGAAAGAGGACAGUGCGGACAGCUACCAACAUCUUUAUCUGUUCCCUGGCAGUGAGCGAUCUUCUGAUUACUUUCUUUUGCAUACCCUUUACUUUACUACAAAACAUCUCUUCAGAGUGGCUGGGAGGUGUCUAUGUAUGCAAAACGGUCCCUUUCGUGCAGAGCACAGCCAUAGUGACUGGUAUCCUUACCAUGACUUGUAUUGCUGUGGAGCGAUAUCAAGGCAUAGUCUACCCACUGAAAAUGAAAAGGCAGUACACAUCAAAAAGAGUGUACAAAAUUCUAGGAGUGGUCUGGGCUUCUGCUGUAAUAUUAGGGUCCCCGAUGUUGUAUGUACAGCAGCUAGAGGUGAAAUAUGAUUUCCUGUAUGACCACCAUCAUGUGUGCUGUCAGGAACGUUGGCGCUCCCCUGCCCACCGCCAGGUUUAUGCCACCUUCAUCCUUGUGGCUCUGUUUCUCCUACCACUGACUGCCAUGCUGAUUCUCUACACCAGAAUAUCCUUUGAGCUUUGGAUCCGGAAGCGUGUUGGGGACUCCUCUGUAUUCAACACAAUGAACCACAGGGAAGUCAACAAGAUUACAAGGAAGAAGAAACAUGCUGUUAAGAUGAUGAUAACAGUUGUUUUGCUUUUUACUAUAUGCUGGGCUCCAUUUCACAUUGUGCACAUGCUCUUUGAAUACAAUGACUUUGAAAAUGAGUACGAUGAGAUCACAGUCAGCAUGAUUCUUGCCAUUGUACAGGCAAUAGGAUUCUCCAAUUCCUUCAAUAACCCUAUUGUCUACGCCUUCAUGAAUGAGAACUUCAAGAAAAACUGCAUAACUACCUUUUCCUAUUGCAUCCGGAGGCCAAACCAGAAUUUACCACAGGGAAUCAGAAUGGAGAGACCAAAGCUGAAUGUGCCUCCUUCUAACCCUGUGAGAGGGGAGGCUUACCAAUCAGAUAGCCCGACAUAGAGGAUUGAGUUCAAACUUUCUGAGAAUGUUGCACUGAUACCGUCCAAUGAAGAAAAAUCAUCUGUAUUUGUGGAAAAGAGAACAUUUUCAGUCCAGAGCGAGCUACCAGCUAACAUCCUCAGUCACAAGCAGAAUGAAUGAAAUUAUUUAUGUCAUAGAUUUCUACUUCUUUGUGUCUGAUUGUAUGCAUAAACACUUUUUAUUCUUGAAACCCAAGGAUUAAAAAGAACUAUGCUGCACAUCACUUUAUAAUAUAACGCCUUGAACAAUACUGUGCAGUGGUGUGUUUCAGUAAGUAUUUUGAAUCUGGUGUAUUUCAGUGAGUAUGUCAAAUCUUUAUGGACAUGUUAUCUACAGUAUUGUCGGUUUCUAUUUCAUUGUGGAAUAAGGUCCUAUUGACACAUCUUGUAUACCUUAGUCUACUCAUUUACAUUUUCAUGGAGGGCAUUUUGUAAAGGAUUCCAUUAAUUAAUUAAAACAAUUUGACCUGUUGUUUCUUUUGGAUAAAUAUUGUAAUGUAUGCUAUUUAAUGUAAAACAGUUUACUGUACAUGGUGUUUGAUUGUGAUAAAAUAAUAAUAAAAUAAUUAGGGUUAAAACAACAUACUUGUCUUUGGCUUGUUCACAGUUUACCCUAAGCUGACAAAUUGAUCUUGAGUCUUACAUUGAUCCCUUAAAUGUGUGGAUUAUCUUAACAGUUUAUAAUUGCUUGUGGCAGUAUUUGUUAAUGCACAGAUUCUCUCCAUUCCUUAACUGCAGAUUCAAAGCCAUUUGUAAUUAAGUGGAAUAAUUGGUGUUAUUAAAAACAUCACCUUUCGAGUAAUCCAAAUAACAUUAACCUAUUUCUAUGUUUUUAAACCAUUUUUAAGAGCGAUCUUAUUAUUAUAUAUCAUUAAUACAGCUCCUGGUACAAACCAUUUCCUCUAAAUCUUUAAUUCUUCAUAUCCUGUUACCCUGUACAGUUUCCAUAAACAUCACAGACACUCCUAUUGACAGCAUUGCACAGCUGUCACCAAAUGACAGAUUCCAAUAAAGUCAGAGCAGAAGCAACACAUGCUUAACUUUUCUUUUGUAUUAAAAUCCUGGACCUUAAAUCAAUACAAGUGUUUUCCUAGAGUAAUGAAACCCCUCACAUACAAUCAACAUGUUCCAUAUCAAAAGAUUACAAAACAUCAUCUUUGUUUUAUCAAGUGACUCACACAUGUAACUGAUCCCUGAUUGAUUCUGAUAUUGAAAUUUUGUAAACCACUUUUCUGAUUUUGAUUAAACUAUGAACGGACUUUUACCCAAUGUAUUUUAGUAAUAACAGUCUUCAUCUUUAAAUAAAGUAAAAUGAUAACUACAUUUGGAGCUCAAUGAAUGAUCCAGGUACUACAUGACUUGAGCCAAUGUUCAGACCACCUUGA